GGAGAUUGGAUGGAAAACAGCGCGAAACUGGCGGAUGCGCUCGCCACGUUCUCUGUCGUGGUAGAGGGCCAGGCAUCAGCUGGACUAAGCCGAGCAUGGACGACAUGCCAAGACGUCAUCCAUGCCUUCCAAUCCACCACUCUUGCCCGUCUUGCCGAAGUUGAAGCAUUGCUCAAUGGGCGCAAUGAUAAGCGGUCGGGCGCAGAGCGCGGAGCAGCAGCGCCGGCAGCGGGACUGGUGGCGGUUCGUGGUGGCGAGACGGCGGUUUGGGGAAAGGCGCAGUAUGCUGUGGCUCAUUCGUUCCUUCUUCAAUUGUUCCGCAAGGCCAAGGAGUCCAAGCCCAUGGUCUCUCUCUAUCUUGGUGCGUAUGGCUAUGGUCGGGUGCCCAUCGAUCUGGCUCCGCCGGAUCAGCCUAUCCUCUUCUACAUUGUUCGCCCAUCGUUUGCGGGUGGGGUCUCGGCCGAGGCUCGUGGCCGCGCCAUCUCCGUCGCUGUCGGUGGCAGCCAUCAUGAUGGCGACGAGUCGUCUGCUGGCCUGCUGGGCAUUGCCUCGGCUGCUGCUGCUGCUGCGAGUGGGGGCAGCGGGGGCGGUGGGAGUGGAAGCGGCGAGAGCGAGCGGACGAUUGCGGCCAAGGCAGCGCGCGGCAAGGCGUCACGGUCGGCGUCGACGUCGCUGCUGCGGUCGAGCGUGAACCACGAGUGGACGCUGUUCAAGGUGGUUCCGGCGUCGAAAAAGGUCGAUGCCGAGGCACUGAUGGCCGAGUCGGAGGCGUGGCUCUCCGCGCUGGCCACGUUUGCGUCGCUGGGGGAGGUCGAGAUGCCGGCGUCGCUGCGGGAGCAGCUGACCGCCGAGGCGCUCAAGCGCAAGGCGGUGCGCGAGGCGGCGGCGGCAGCCGAGGCUGCGGCUGCGGCCAAGGCCGACAAGCGGCCGGCGGCCGAGCAGGCAGCUGACGCGCGGGUCCACGGCUGGCUGCAGAAAAAGCAAGCCAAGGGCGCCGGAUGGAACAAGCGGUACUUUCUGCUUGUCGGCUCGACGCUCAUGUAUUUUCGCAAGGACCGCGAUGUCAAGCCCGCCGAGGCCAUCGACGUCAUGUCGCGGAUUGUGGGGCUGGUGCCGGACGAACUGUCGCCGGCUCGGACGGCGCUGUUCAUUGCGCGGCCGGGCGAGCGGUCGUAUAUUCUCGAGGCCGAGUCUGGAGAGCAUGCUAGCGCGUGGGUCGACGGUCUUGUGGCCGGUGGAGCGGCGCGCGGUGAGAUGCCCGACGACGACCAGGCCGCGUUUGCCGAGGCCGUGGCCAAGUCCGAGUCCAAGGUCAAGAAGGUGAAGGAGAAGAAGAAGAAGGAGAAGAAGAAAAAGAAGAAGGAGGCCGCGCCCGAAGCGGUCGGCUAUCCGGUCUUUGGCGUUCCACUCGAGGCGCUUCUCGAGCACCCGCUCACACUCGAGUCGCGCAUCCCCUACCUCCUUGUCUCGUCGAUCCAGUACAUCUGCGACUCGGACGGGUGCGGGCUGGAGGGCAUUUUCCGGCUCUCGGGUGCGGCGUCGGACGUCCAGGUCCUCCGCGACCUGUUCAACAAGCCGGUGCCGUUUGACAUGGAGGAGCUGAGCAUCGACCCGUACACCUCGGCAGCGGUGGUCAAGUACUUUCUCCGCGAGCUGCCUGAGGCGCUUAUGACCCACGCCAAGUACCACGAGCUGGUUGCGGCGGGCGAGGCCGAGUCCAUCGACAUGGACGCCAUCAUGGGCAUUGUCAAGCAGCUGCCUGAAAUCAACCGCGACGUUCUCGCCUUUCUCCUCGGCUUUCUGCAGUACGCCGCCACCUUUGCGUCGACGUCCAAGAUGAGCGCGGCGAACCUGGCCAUUGUUGUUGGCCCAAACCUCAUCCGCUACCCGGACCUCUCGCCGCUGGAGGAGGUCUCGGCCUCCAACUCGGUCAACAAGGUCGUGACUGCGCUCAUCGAGAACGCCGACGCUGUCUGUGCUGCCAUCGACCGCGUCGACUUUUGGAAGGGCGUGCUCGACGAGCACUACACCUUGCAGGACGCAUUUGCCGCCGCCACCGGUACGCUCAUGGAGGAGGACUUUGACUUUGCGCCUGAGGCGCUCACCGUCGAUGAGUCGCUGCCGGCCGAGGUCGGGGUCGAGGUUGAGUCCCCACCGUCACCGGUGCCAUCGCCUGUGCCGUCGCCCGAGCCGGUGGCCGAGCCGGUGGCCGAGCCGUCACCGGUACCAUCGCCCGAGCCGUCGCCCGAGCCGUCGCCCGAGCCAGCCGCACCCGUCUCGAUCUUGUCGUCCAUGAUGUACCACAUCGCUGUCGCCGUCAUCGUCCUCAUCGCAGUCACAGAUGUGGCUCAAUCGACUAUGCUCCAAGCCUGCCCGCCGCUGCAUCCAACCUCUUGCUCGCACCUUGCUUCGCCUACGCCUGAUCUGGCGCUCUUUACGGACGUCUGCCUCCGCCAGUCGAUCUCGGCGGAGCAGCCUACCGACCGCUGCAAGGGCAUCACCACGGGCGUCUUUGCCUGCCGAUGCUGCGGCGCGCCGAUCUUCUCUGCGGUGGACAAGUGCGAGUCCGGCACCGGCUGGCCCUCGUUCACCCGCCCUGUGGUGGCAGGCGCCGUCUGCUCGCCAGCUGGCUCGCGAGCAGUCCGCUGUGCCGCCUGCGGCAUGCACCUCGGCCACGUCUUCCGCGACGCCGGCGCCUUCGGCGAAUGCGUCAACCCGGAGAGCGGGGAGCCGUCGCGGUUCUGCAUCGACGGUGUCUGCCUCGAGCCGCCGGCCAACAGCCUCGGCUGGACUGCCGGCUGCUCGCGGAGCGAAGCGACGUUCCGCGAGCUCUGA